GUAACUCCCAACUUUCACCAGGAAGUAAGGAAAAAACACGUCGAAUUCGACCGAAAUUCCCCUCAUCUUCAACAAAAAAAAGCAUCAUUUUCAUCAUCAAGAUGAGGUGAAAAGCGGCUCUUUUGGCCCACCAACACAGCAUCUCUUCUUGCCCUGGGUUGCUAUAAAUACAUCAGCCAUUCUAAGCUCAUUACUCAACAAACAACAGCGACAAACAAAAAACACAUUAAUCCCUUUCCAAAUUCCCUUCUUCUUGCAACUUUUGCAGUAAACAAACAGCAUCAAAAUGGCCUCAAACGGGUCGACAUGGACGGCUAAGCAGAACAAGCUGUUUGAGAAUGCAUUGGCAAACUUUGAUAAGAACAGUCCAGACAGGUUUCAUAAGCUGGCCAAGGCUGUUGGAGGCAACAAGACUGUGGAAGAAGUGAAGAGGCACUAUGAAAAGCUGGUUGAAGAUGUCAAUCACAUUGAAUCUGGUAAAGUACCUUUGCCCAACUAUGGCAGCAGCAACCAGGGAUAUCAGUACAUGGAUGAGGCACAAAGGAUGAAGUAUCUGAAGCUGCAGUAAAUUAAGGAAGCAGAAGAAGUUGCAGAACUUUGACCUAUCCUUUGCAAUAAAUUUCUCUAAGAAGUAUGGAUCUGUAGGAAGAUUCCAUUCCUUAUGAUCAUACAUAUGUAAUUCAGUUUAUCUUUAUGUUGAGUCGGUGUAAUUAAUUAUGCAUGUAGUUAUCUAAAGGUCACUUUGAGCAGUGACUGUUUUCUUCAUUAUCAAUUUAUCAUGUUCUCGAUCCCUGGUUUUAAUGAAUGAAUAUAUAAAAUCCUCAAACCAUAACAAGGAGGCAAUGGAUCUGUUGCAAUUUCACUUG